AUCAAAACAAUAAACUGACAGCUAAAAUUGAAAAAAAAACAGCAUUUUAACGUGACUGAUUUGCUUUAAAGGUAUAUAAAUUCACAUUUACAAGGAGCUAAACAUGAUUUGUUUCUGUAUGAAAUGUGCUAGUUUGAUAACAGGUAGAAUUAUAGCAAUAAGGCGAUUGAUCACUGAUUUUGUCCAGAAAUGAUACAUUGUCGGCGUCAAAAGUACUUAUUUUCUUGCUUGAAGAAUGGCCUAUAUGUAAAUUCCACUGUUUCAUGGAUAAAGAUACAAUAGUUUGGUAAAAUAAAAUAAUAGCAUUGAUAAAUUCUCGAAUUUGUUUAUAACCGUAAAGGAAAGAAGAUUCGGUGUUAUUUCCUAACUAUAUGCAUGCUUGCUUAAUUUCUGUACACGUGCUUGCGAGUUUGGUAAAAAGACUGUAUGCCUGUUUGUGAGUGACUUCUUUCCUAUGCUCCUGUAGUAUUUCUUCAUAUUUAGAACCCGCAAACUAUGUUUGAAGGAGGGUGGUAUAAAGCAGUCACCAUGCGGUCUGUCUGUUUGUAUAUGCGUCCUCAUAUAUUUGGUCGUGCAAUUACUUAAAUGCUAUUGCACCUACCUCAUUCAAACUUUUGAUACAAACAUCGGCCAUAUGUAUUUAAUGUCCAUCUUAUUACUUUCCUUUUCCUUCUUAACUCAUUAUGCCCGCACGACGCAUUAAUGCGUCGUCCGAUUCUUAUCGGUAUAUCGCGUGCCACAUCUAAGCGGUGUUGUAAACUACCUCUGGAUACCGCAUGCCGCGUACAUGCGUCGUCACAGUAGUAGCUCUGAAUUCCGCGUGACGCAUUGAGUCGUCACAUUUUAUUGGUCUUUUGAUAAACGCUUUAAGUUCUUUCUAUCAAAUUGGACCAAUCAAAAUUUUUGUUACGUAACAUUCAUGAGACAUUACAUAAAAUGGCGGAUGAUGUGAAAUAAAUGUUUUCGUACUGGAAGCUGUAAAAACGAGCGUAGUUUUAACAGAAAAUUAAUACUCUAGUGAUUUCUCCAAGCCUGAAUAUUCAAUAUGGAUGAUUCUGUAAUUGAUUUUAGUGACAGUGAUUUCUCAGAGUUUGAGUCGGACGAUGAUGUGCCUCUAGCGGAUUUGAUUCGUAAUUUUGAUGACAGUUCUGAUUCGGACGGUAGUGGAAGUGAAAGCGAAGACCAGAACAAUGACACUUGGUCAGUAAAUGACAAAACACCACGCCCAAAGAGGCCAUUUAUUGGGCCUGAACCGGGACCUACCACUUUACUGAGCCCUGAUGAUAAAGAAUGGGACUUUGUUGAGCUUUUCUUUCCAGUAAUGUUGAUUGAGCUUCUUGUCAAACAGACCAAUCUGUAUGCCAGUCAGAAACAAUCCAGGAAGCCGGAUCCUUCAUGGCGACAAGUGACAUUUGUUGAAAUGAAGGCAUGGUUGGGAAUCUGCGUGUACAUGAGCAUUAUUCAGUUACCACAGACUCAGAUGUACUGGUCUACAGACAAGACCUUUGGUAAUUUGUCCAUCAGGAAAGUGAUGAAACGUGACCGAUUUAUGAAAAUCCUGCAGUACUUUCAUGUAAAUGAUCGAUCAAAGAUGCAACCAAGGGGUCAUCCAACUUAUGACAAACUUUUUCUUGUGCGACCUAUUCUGGAUGAAGUUAGGAAAUUGUGUCUCCAAAAUUACAACGCGCAUCAGAACGUUAGUGUUGAUGAGGCUAUGGUAAAAUUCCGUGGUCGUCUAUCAUUCAAACAAUAUCUGCCGGCCAAACCGACGAAAUACGGCAUAAAAAUCUGGGUGCGGGCAGAUCCGGCAAAUGGCUACGUGAAUGACUUUCAGGUUUAUACUGGUCGUGAUGGACCAGCAGAGAAUGGACUUGCACAUCGUGUUGUUACUGAACUGAUGAAUGGAAUAAAUGGACGAAACCACAUUGUGAAUAUGGACAAUUAUUUCUCAAGUCCUAUGUUAUUCCAGGAGUUAGAAAAUAAUGGAACAUACGCUAGGGGAACUGUUAGAUCUAACAGGAAAGGCUUUCCACAUACAACUUUGAAAAAGAAGGACGUGAAAAAUCAAGGAGACAUGAAAUUUGCGCAGAAAGGAGAAUUAGUUGCGUGCAUUUGGAAAGAUAAGAAAGAAAUAUUUACUCUUUCAACUGCUGAUAAUCCAGCAAAUAUUGAUUCCUCUGUACCGAGAAAGUCGCGCACCGGUGACAUCAAGGAAGUACCUGCGCCAGUAACAAUUCCCGAGUACAACAAUUACAUGAACGGGGUUGAUCAUGCUGACCAAUUGAGAACAGCCUACUCAACCUUCCGUACGUCAAGAAAAUGGUGGUUGUACUUGUUCUGGUUUUUAUGGGAUACAGCGGUGGUAAAUGCCUUCAUCGUAAUGAAAGAAUCCCCGUAUCACAAAUUAAAAACGAGAAAAGGAAAACCCAAGGAACGCGCAUUGAUUGACUUUAGAAUGAACGUUGCAAAGCAAUUGAUAGCGGAUUAUACGGAAAACGAGAAGGCAUCUCUUGCCACUGUGAAUGCCGGCCAUUUUCCAAGUAAUGGCUUGAAACGUGGAAGGUGCCGUCAAUGUAGCAAAAGGAAAAGGCGGCAUGAAUGUUUCAAUAUGUGUUUACAGUGCAAUGUUCAUGUCUGUGUGCCUUGUUUCAAGGACUGGCACACUGACAUUUUGAAAAAUGGGUAUUAGUAACUCAAUAAAACAAAUAUUUGUAGGAUAUAUGUAGCACUUUAUGUGUAAGUGGAGUAAUGAAAUAUACAUAUCGUGGAUCCACACGCUGAUAUUACAAUAGGGUUAUUAUAAUAGUAGCUAUCUGGGACGUUGUAUUUUGCUCGAGCAGAUUUUGAUGAAUAUGCAACGAAAUAGUUAUAAGUUUUUGCAAUUUAAAAUAUGCACUCUUUAUUUUUGCGGAUUUAUAUGGCACAGUUACUGUCACUGACAAUCUUCAUUGCCGAACUUAAUAAAACUUUAGUAAUCUAGUAAUGCACACUUUCAAAAAAAGUCCGAUGUCAAGAUAAUAGCAAAUUCUAUCCUUUGUAACGCAAGUUUGGCGGCAGAAUUGUUUGAGCCCGGAGUAGCCAGUAUUUGCUGCAUAAGCAACCAGUGCCAAAUGCACUUAUUUUGUAACUUUAUUUUUGAGAUACCUUAUUUCAACCGUCAUAGUUCAAUGAAUCUAUGUACAUUGUACAUUUGUUGUUGUUAUAUAUUUAAUUCAACUGUACAGUGUAUUCAAUUUUCAUUAAAAUCUGUUAAAUUUUGGCAGACAUAAAAACAAAAACACAAGUGUGGUGUGAGAAAAAGCCUUUAGGUAUAUAUUUGAUAUUUUUCAUAUUCCUACUAAUUCUAUGAUUCACUGUAAUAUUUAUUGUUGUAUUUUAGCUGAAAAAAAAAAACUUUAUAAAAAAUACAUAAAUUCUUUUUUCUUUACUUGUAAAUUGAUCAGUGACAUUUAUUUAUUUAUUUAUGUUAAACUUUGAAACUGUCUCUUGUGCAAUAGAAUAAAGUGUUGUUUAUUAUUCACAUAUUUUGACCACAUGCGGGUUUAGAAUUGUAAUGAAAUAUUUAUUUGUUCAUUCAUUUAUUUCAUCCAUCCAUCCAUCCAUCCAUUCAUUCAUUCAUUCAUUCAUUCAUUCAUUUAAGUUAAACUUUGAAAUUGUCUCUAGUGCAAUAGAAUAAAGUGUUGUAUAUUAUUCAGUUAUUUUGACACAUGCGAAUUUAGAAAUUUUAUGAAAUAGUUUCGAAAUUUAAAUUUGCAUAACAAACGUUUUUCUUACAAUUAGUCAAAAAUAAUUCUAUUUUCAAGACAGUUAUAGUUUUUGUCUUUAAUAGUUAAACUGUUUACUUAUAUUCGUUUUACUACAUCCUCAUAUAUAAUGCUUUCACUAUUUUUCUAUAAAUACUGAUUCACUAUUUUGUAAAAUAAGAGUUAUAUCGAAUGAAAACAAUAUAUAUUUCAAGUAAGUUUUAAAGAAUUGUAUUUAUUUGUUGAUUAAAUAUGUAAAUAAUAAAAUUAAGCAAGUGAUAAAUGUUGUUUAUUUUGUAUAUCAAAAAAAGAAAUCUGAUGAGA